AACACGAAAAAACUCCCCCACACACGCUUCACUUUUUCCCUUCUUCUGAUUCCAACUUUUUUUUUCUUUUUGGUUUCAGCCUCCCUCUAACACAUUCCCCAUGAAAGUCGAGGCUUUUAUUCCCGCCGUAUUAUUGCUCUGUUUUGGAGUGAUGUUUGGUUUAAAGAGUUCGUGUGCGUUGCAGAUAGGUACCGAGCCGAGGAACUUCAUAAGUUGGGAAGAUUUGAGGGUUGUGGAAGAUGGAAGAACAGAGACGAGUUUUAGCGUUAAGGAGGAUACUAGUAAUUGGGUGAACACUAACGCUAAAGCUAAAGCUAAAGGCAACGCUACGAGCGUGAUCAGAGUGAUUGUGGUUGAUAAGAACGGAGGAGGAGACUCUGUUACAGUUCAAGGAGCUGUUGAUAUGGUUCCUUAUUCCAAUUCACAGAGAGUUAAAAUCUUCAUUCUUCCUGGGUUUUACAGGGAGAAGGUGUCUGUGCCGAGAUCAAAACCGUACAUUUCGUUCAUAGGUAAUGAGAGUUAUGCGGAAGAUACGGUGAUUAGUUGGAGCGAUAAAGCUUCGGACCUUGAUAGCGAUGGUAAAGAGCUCGGCACUUACAGAACCGCCUCUGUUUCCAUUGAAUCUGAUUUCUUCUGCGCUACUGCCAUCACUUUUGAGAACACGGUGGUGGCAGAGGCGGGAGAAAAAGGGAAGCAAGCGGUGGCGUUGAGAAUAAUAGGGGACAAAGCAGUGUUCUAUAAAGUUAGGGUUUUGGGAUCACAAGAUACUCUUUUUGAUGAGAGUGGAUCUCACUACUUCUACCAAUGCUAUAUCCAAGGAAACGUAGAUUUCAUCUUUGGCAACGGUAAAUCACUUUAUCAGGACUGUGAUAUCCACUCAACCGCAAAGAGAUAUGGCGCGAUCGCGGCUCAUCAUAGAGACUCCGAGACUGAAGAUACAGGGUUCUCGUUUGUGAACUGUGAUAUCAAUGGUACUGGGAUGGUUUAUCUGGGAAGAGCUUGGGGAAACUACUCAAGAACGGUUUACUCCAACUGUUUCAUAGCUGAUAUUAUCACUCCUGUGGGCUGGAGUGACUGGAAAGACCCUGAGAGGCAAAGGAAGGUGAUGUUUGGGGAGUACAAUUGCAGGGGAAGAGGGGCAGAAAGAGGAGGCCGAGCACCAUGGUCGAAGACACUUACCAGAGAUGAAGUGAAGCCUUUUCUGGGCAGAGAGUUCAUAUAUGGAGAUCAAUGGCUUAGACUCUAAAUUCUUUUUCUAACCGGAUCACAGUUGUCCAGCUAGCUAACAGGAGAUGAUGACCUAAUUAUACCCUCUAAUACAUUUGUAAUUAGUUUGAAUCUAAGCAGAGGGAAAUAGAAUCUGCAUGUUUUAACAAAUACAAAAGUACACUAAAUGAAACCCAGGUUUUGGUUUUAGAUAAACUUAAAUUUCUUA